UGAAAGCGACCACCCCGCGAUCCCCAUCAUGGCCGCUCGUCGAAGCAGAUCACCUCUCUCCACGCGCCGCCUCUCCAUCGGUCCCUCCACCGGCCCGCUUCCCGACCUACCUCCCAUCUCUGCUCUCUUUCUCGUCGAUUUCGACGUCAGGGCCGGCUAUACUAUAUCCUGGAAACGCGCCGUGCCAGGCGUGGAUCUCGACGGUGUUGUCGAGUACAAGUGUCUACCCUCUGGCCUGCACACCGUCCCCAAUGACCUCAUCUACUUCGUCCACGAGCGCGAAUAUGCGGGUCUCAGCGCAUUCGUCAACAUGCCUUGCGAGGAGGAAGGGAGCCGUAACGCCCGUAUGAUUGCCGUCGGCAUCCUGGUCCCCUUGACCUAUGGCCGUCUAGGGAGAGCUUGGAGGCAUGCCCGAGGUUUGGAUGACUUGGCUACAAAACUUGCCGAGGAUCGCACCAGGGUACACCUUCUCGAGGCAUACUGGGCAAAGAACAGUGCCCGCGAUGACACAGGUCAAGACGCCCCCCAGAAUGACAUGCCCCCCGAGUCGCCUCUCGUCAGUGCGCUGGCCGCCAGAUUGCAGAGAAGUCAUAGCAGGAGCCGCUCGGCAUCGGAUGGCACUGCGCUACUCCCGUCGGGUCAGAGGCUUUCGCCUUAUCACCCGGCCUGGAGCCUGACGAACCUUCUCGACACCUUCGGGCCUCUGAUUUUCCCCAUACACCGGGCCGCGCUGCUUCGGAAACGCAUCUUGCUUUCUUGCCAUGCGCCCAUUCACGAAGUCUGCAAUUUCGUGUACAACAUCUCUGUUCUCGCCAACAUCCCCUCCUCCGUAAUCGACAUGCUAGACACCACAGCUCCAUCCCAGCGCCUCCGUCCACUUUUCGCCAUCGGUAUACAUGAUAUAACAUCCCUCCAGGAGGAGUACGCGGCAUCAAAGCGCCGGCUCUCUAACCCCGAGGAGGCCAUCGACGACGACUUUUCCACCGGAUGGGUCGCCUGCACGACCGAUAGCAUUCUCGCCGUGAAAGACGACCUGUGGGACAUGCUCAUAACCAUGCCCCCGCCUCAUUCAUCGCAGGCCCGAGACAAAAUCUGGCCGACCAUCGAAUGCCCACGCGGCGUGCCCUUGAAGGCCACGCAGCGCGAUCUGCGUCGCUUCCGCACGCUCGUCGACGGACUGAACCGCCUGCCUACCAGGUCGCCGACGUCUCCCGCCGCUUCGCCUACCAGCGCCAACCAGACGAGCACCCCCUCCCCCAAACCCACCGUCGCCUCUUUCUCGGACGAAGCGUUCGACAAGGCCGUCGAGCCCGUGAGCUGGACGGAGCUGGCAUACAGCGGCUUCCUCUGGUGGGCCAGCGCAGGCGAGCAAGGACGCAGCGAUGCCCAGGAGGAAGCUUCGUUCGACGCCUCGCUUCUCGCGGAUCUCGCGGCGCCGCCGCCGCCGCCGCAGACCGCCGCGGCCACCACCGCCAGGAGUCCGAGUCCCAGCGACCCGCGCGCCGCGUUCCAACAACAGGGGAUGGCUGAUUCUUUCUCAUCCCCCAGAGUCCGCCGACCCGUCCCGUCCGCUCCGGGCGACGACGUCGAGGAGGCUGACCAGGCCGUCACUGAACUGGCCAUCAUCGCCUACUUCCACCGCCUCACCACGCAGAUCUUCACCGUGCUGGGAGACUUUGUCGAGUCUGCGGGUCCCGCUUCUCCGUACGUCGACGACGAGGAGGACGAAGGGCCCACUCGGGGCGAGGCCGAAGAUAUGGGAGAGGAGACCCCGUUGCGGGCCGGGGCACUCCGCGGUAGGGGCGAGGAGGACGAGGAGGACGAGGAGGAAGAAGACCGCCGGCCCGUCGUCCACCUCCACGGUCACGACUUGGAACACAUGGGUCUCGAUGUCUGGAGCGCCCAUGACGCUGCGUUCGUCAGGGAGCUUGUGGAGCGGUAUUUCUCGCGGGAGGCCCGGAUUGAGGGUAAAGGCGUCGAGGUCUGCGGCGUUCGCGUCUGCUAGGGCCUUUCGCAGCGUCCCGGGACCUGGUUGUUUUAUUGCCUUUUUGGGCUGCUGGGCUUGUAUUUAUAUCUAGCUGUCUCGAUCCAUGAAGGGAGCUAGUUGGUAGGGCGUUGAUCACGGGAUAGAGAGUGUCUACAUACAUUUUCACAUACAAUAGGUAGGGCACCUUGCUCUCCGUCUUCUCGUUAUUUGUGGCGUAUUAGCGUCCCCGAUGUGGUAUCUUCUCAAGGAGAUAUCCAGCUUCGCUGUGGGAAGAGGAGAGAACCUAGGCCCUUGGGUAUGUAUGUAAUACGAUGAAGCCCGGGCAUGGAAACUUCUUAAUUUCUUUGGUUUAGGGAGUCCACCAAGAGUC